AUGGGAGUGAUAACGGCCUUCGGCAUGGCUGGCGAAGGGAGCCCCUCCUACAAGCAGUUCUCCCAUCUGUACAGCGUUACCAAGUCCAAGUGUGCCGAUCACGGCGGGUGGGUGCAGGCGAACUGCCUCAGGGCUGCCGAUCGAGGCCACUUUGUCAGCUGGGAACCGACUUCACAGAAGUCGUGGAGGAAUCGGCGGGUGCUCCUCUCGGGCGACUGGGAGUCGCCUUCGGGACAGCCCUGUCCGAUUUCGCAUUCCCAACCCUUCCAAAUGGCCGUGACGGAAGAGAGGAGAGCUGCCGAGGCUAAGAGGAUGAACGAGUCCUCCAAGCGCCGUCUCAUGAUGGGCUUUCCAGGGGAAAAAGAAGAAAACCCAGCCGCAGGGCUCGGCAUCGGUAGACCCCGAGGACCAGACGUUUGGCCGACCGCCCUCCGUGAGCUCAAUGCCGAUCGGCUCAAGCCGGAGCGGCAACGGGCCGCCCUUCUCCCCGCCGCGCGCCCCCACUCCCGAAGGAGCUUCCUCCCGAGCGGCCGGCAAACGGCCCUUCACCCGUCGAUCUUAGAUGCCGAACCGGCCCCAAAACGCGGACGGCAGCCUAGCCACGCGGGCUAUCUUCGCUGCUGA